AAGAAUGCUGGGAUGGCGAAUCAAAAUCAAGAUCUGAUGUUGAAGUAGUACAUGAAAUUUCAAGUCGAUUAAAUAUUGAGGAUUCACAAUCUUCACAAUUUAAUUUACCAAAUAUUGAUAACAAUGACAACUUAACUAUUUCUUCAGAUUAUCAAAAUUCAAAUUUAAUAAGUAAGUGUGAUAUAUUAAUUAUGUUGAUUAGCAUCAGAAUGAAUUUAUUAAUAAUCUGCUACUGAUAUUAAUCAGGUUUAUCUUCAGACACUUCCAAGAAUUUAUUUAGCCAUUCUCUCAGUAAAUCAAAAUUAAGAGAUCAAGAUUGGAUUAAUGAAGAAUAUUCAAAUAAAGAAGUUAUGGAUAUUAUUGAAGGUGAAAAGUUAAAACUUAAAGGUCCUUUGAAAAUAAAAGACUUUAUGAAGUUAAAAAGUAUUAGUUUAGAGAAAUGUGAGUUAACCAGUUUGGAAAUUAGUGGUUGUUCUCAGCUUAUUAAGAUUGACUUAUCAGAGCUUUUCAAACUUACAAGUUUAUCCAUAACUAAAUGUUCGGAACUAAUCACAUUAAAUUGCUCAUCAAAUGAGUUAACCAGUUUGGAAAUAAGUAAUUGUUAUCAUCUUAAUAAGAUUGACUUGUCAAAACUUCCUAAACUCACAAAUCUAUCUGUAACUGAAUGUCAAAAACUGACCAAGCUUGACUGUUCUAAUAGUAAAUUAACUGAGUUGGAAGUUAGUGAUCUUAUUGAGCUCAACUGUUCAAAUACUUCAAUUGAGGAAUUAAAUCUUAAUUUUUGUCCAAAUAUUAAAAAACUCAUUUGUUCUAACAAUGAAAAACUAAUUAAUUUAGAUGUAAGCAUUUGUUCACAAUUAGACUUUCUUGAUUGUACCAGCAGUAAAUUAACUAUUCUUGACCUAAGUAUUUGCUCCAAAUCUAUUAUGGUUAAACCUCCUAAUAUGGAUAUUAUCCAAGAAAAAGAAAAAAUUAAGAAUAUAGUGAUAGUUGGCUGCACUGAUGUUGGUAAAUCUACAUUAGCCAAUAUAAUAACUGGCUCUGAUUAUUUCAGUAAAAGUGCAUACACAGCUAGUAAGACUAUAAAUUUCAAGAAAAAACAUUUUAAAUGGAAUGGAAAAUAUUUUUGUAUAGUUGAUGCUAUUGGACCUAAGCUAACUACAGGAAAUACUUUACUUAAAUCAGUAGAAGAAAUCUUUUCUAUGCUAGAAGGGAUAAGCCAAAUUUUAUUUGUGAUUGAUGGAAGAUUCACAACAGAAGAAAUAAAAAUAUUCAACUUACUCAAAGGUCUUAUUAUCAAUAUUUUUGAAAUUAACAUUCUUGAAUAUGUUACUAUUGUGAGAACUAAGUUCAGUAAUUUUAAGAAAAAAAAGGAAUGCGAAGCAGAUAAGAAUCAAUUGCAUAAUGAAAAUGAGAGUAUUAGUGAAAUAGUUAAAUCAUGUAGAGAUGUUAUUCAUGUAGACAAUCCUUCAGUAAAUAUUCAAAUUACUGAUGAUGAUGAUCAAUAUACAGUUAAUAUUAAUAAAAAAAUAAGAGAAAGGUCAAGAAAGAUAAUGUUGGACUAUUUAGAUGAAGCAUGUCAGGUAGAUUACUUUAAAUUAAAAUCAUGGGAUGAGACACAUAAACUGGUUGCUGAAUAUAUAGAAAGUAAUUGUAAGAAUUUAUCAGAAUUAGAAUAGAAUCAGAAACUUAUUAAAUAACUUGAUUUAUCACAAUUAAUUAAAAAAUAAACUGGAUUCAUCAAAAUUAUUAAAUCAAAUCCAUAUAUAUGUAUAAUACAAUGAUGUUUUAAUUUGUUGUAAAUAAGGUAAUACAGAGAUUUAACAAUUUGUACAA